CCCGGCCAGCGGCAUGCUUUUAGAGCCUUUCUAGAAUCCGAAUUCCCGCUUCUAUGCUUGCUUAGACGUGUAGCGUUUUUCUGUAUGGGAUAGGAUACCCUUGUGGUUCCUGGACGGGACGUUUUGGUGAUGCUUUUGAAAAUUUCCUUAGGAGAGGUUUGACGGUUUGUGUUGGGAAUUGGGGAGGUUUUGAAGUGAUGAGGGGAGACAUGGCGACUUGGCUGCGCGUCGCGGCGGUUGUAGCCGUGGUGUGCUUGGUGGGUGUUAUGGCUGAGCAGCCGAAGUCCGCAGGGGAGUUUGUGGCGGUGCACAGGAAUUUCCCUAGGACUGUGCGGGUGGUGUCCCAAGAGGAUGGGAUCGCUGCCCGUGGCCAUGGCGAUGAGGAGCAUGUGGAUGGUAACAAAAUGCAGUGGAGUUUUAAUCUGUUCAAACCCUUCCAGAUGUUCGGGGUACGAAGAGAAGGCCAUGAGCACAAGAAGUGCAAAAUGGGUGCUAAAUUAGGUUUGUGGUGGUCGCAUAUGUUUGGGCAUGGUCGUGAUCAUCAUCACCACCACCACCGCCACAAUGAGCACGGGUUUGAGAAGGAUGUGGAGCACCGUCACUUCCGCCACCAUGAGCACGGCUAUGAACACAGGUUUGAAAAGGAUACGGAGCACCAUCAUUGGCUACGUCCUUCAUUUGCAUGGAGUUUACUCGGCAAGAUUGGCCGGUGGUUUUCUGGAAUUCCAUCCUUCUUUUCCGACAUGGCUCACGUUAAUAGAAUUUGGAGCGCUGGAGCUGGCGGAAGGAAGCCCCCUACUGUUGAAUCUGCGACCGAACCUUUGGAUAUGCACGCACUCCAAAAGAUUUUAAGCCCCAGUCUUUCAUGCUCUUUGCGGGAGAAGCUUGCUAACAUUUUUGCAGCUGUUUCAGAGGAGAUUGUUGCAACCGCUAAUGGCAUUGACGACUCCGGCGAUCAGCCAGAUAUGAUCAAGAGAAACUUGAAGAAUUUCAUGGGAGAUUCCAUGAAGCGUAGAAUCGCAAGCAGUGUAUGCGACAGUAGUUCAAUGUCUUCAUGUGAACAGGAAUUCUGUGAUGUCUUCCUCAGCCAUUCUAGGAGUGGAAUUCUUAUGGCCUUCCGAGUUUUAGGCCUAAAUCCAGUAAGGGCAGCUAUCAACCCAGAAGGUGUUGCUGCUUGCGUGAUGUCUUCCAGGUGUCAGAGCAAAAACUUGGUCAUGUCCACGAGUGAGUUGGCCUUGAUCAUGAGUCUGAAAAAGGCUCGCAGGUUAGCGCGUAUUGUUUAUCAAGCUGUUAAUGCAAAAUUGAAUGAAGAGGCUUCGCAAACUUUUUCACACAAGCUCAUUAGCAUGUUCUCUAAAGCGUUUGGUGGAGAGCCAAAUCCUUGCAGAGACUGCUUGCGAUGGAAGAUUCAUGGGUUGAAAAAACUGACUAAGAAAGCAGUGGCUGAAGUCUGUGAAAACGCAGCUCACUAUAAUUUGGAAGAAGAAUGCAACUUUGCGAAAGAGAAUAAAUUCAUAUUCAAGACAUUGUUUGCAUACAAAUUCAGGCUUUGGAAGAAGGCUACUGUUGUUUGUAGGAACCGUGAAGCUUGCGACACUCUCCCAAUCCCUUCCACUGACACCUCUGAACAAGGAACAGUCACCGAAGGAGUGCAGAAGUUACCCUUUGGUCGGGUUGAUAUUAACACAUUACGGACUCCAAGGGAGAUGGAAGUGAACCCUAUGGUGGCUAACUUCAUGUUUUGGAGGCAAGACUGUAAGCAGCGAGCCCUUCACAGAGCAGCCAUGCUUCGCGGACACAGCUUAGAAGCUAUUGCUUCCCAUUUGAAUGGUGAUGGUAGCCUAUCCCUGACACCUGGAAAUGGUGCACUCAUAAUAGUGGAUUUCGUGCGAAGUCCUCAAUUAGAGCUUGAUCAGCAAUUGAACGUUCCUUUCGCAGCUGACUUACCGAAGAAGUGGGAUUACUUUCAUGGAACCAUGAAUAUGGAGGGAUUGGAGAUGCAAACUUUUGAGCCCAGGUAUGCAAGCUCGAUGGAUCUGGGGCCUUUCCAUGAGGUUUGGAGGAAACCCGUUCUCGACUCCAGUCCUAUACAUGUGAAUGGAGUGAUGGAGGAUGCACUUGUCAAGCCUCGCAACAAUGUGUUGUCUAUUACUGCUGAUUCCGCCAGUAAGGACAAGUUGCCCUCCAGCAACGAAGCUGUUGUGGAGCAUUCAGCUAUGUGAACGGUUCCCUGAAAUGUGCCUUCAACAUGCACAGGUGACACAUAGUUGCAGUUCAAUACAUCGGUAGCGGUUUGGAGUGUCCAAGGCUCGAUGUUAGAGCCCAGCUUGUGCUUUCUGAAGCCAUGUAGAAUUAUGCUGUUGUGAAAGCCAUGUGACUUGUGCCAGUGUUUGGAGGGCUACGUAGAAUAAUUUUCAUUUUUUUCUAUAUGUAAUUAGAGACCCAGUCCACUCUGGAGAGUAGAGGCUUUUUUUUAAUGCAUAUAGAUAGUGUCGGUUGUGUUGAUCGGAACAUCUGACAGCUAAUUGUUUUGUGUGCUUGAAUGUUCUGAUGAUGCGUGGUUCUGCUUAUUUAAAGUUUUCUGUCUCUGCUGUUGUAUUCAUGUAGCCUAUAUUUUCUCAAUUUAAUUUUUAAUGUCGUCAUUGAAUUUA